CAACGUCAGUGAGUCUCAGCCGCCUCUCAGCCGCACAUCACAUCCUCCUCCUUCUCAUACAACUUCCCAUUCUCACAAGCUUCAAGAUGACAACCAGAGUUGCUAGCCAUGCUGGAUCGUGGUACUCCUCACGCUCGUCCACGCUUUCUAGUGAGCUCGAUCAGUGGCUUUCCCAGGUCCCCUCAUCCAUCGAUGGGAAACAGCUGCCAGUACCAGACGCACGAGUGAUUAUUGCACCGCAUGCAGGUUAUUCCUACUCUGGGCCCGCCGCAGCAUGGGCCUAUAAAUCCCUCGACCUCUCGAAGGCAAAACGAAUCUUCCUCCUUGGCCCCUCACACGCUUUAUACCUUCCAGGCUGCGCCCUGAGCGCGCAUGCGAAAUACGCUACUCCUCUCGGUGAUCUAGUUAUUGACAAGGGCGUCGUGGAAGAGCUGCAGAAGACGGGGAAGUUUGACGUCAUGAGUGAGGACGCUGAUGAGACAGAACAUUCUCUGGAGAUGCACCUCCCCUAUAUCUACAAAAUGCUCUCCCUCUCUUUCUCUUCGCCGAGUGAAUAUCCAGGAUUGAUACCGAUAUUGGUUGGGAAUACGAGUCCGGCGAAAGAGAAGGAAUACGGUGCCAUCCUCGCCCCUUACCUUUCCGACCCUUCCAGUGUCUUCGUGGUCUCAUCCGAUUUCUGUCACUGGGGCUCUAGAUUCCAAUAUACGUACUACCUCCCAGCUUCACCCUCCUCGGCCGCAUCUUCAAACCCCAGCGGGAUUUCUCUAAGGAGGAAAGACAAAGCCCCAACGAAUCCCCCUAUUUAUGAAAGUAUAGGACGAUUGGAUCGGAUGGCGAUGGAUGCUAUUGAGACGGGCAAGCACGACGCAUUCCUGGAGAACCUGAGAGAGACUGGAAAUACGGUUUGCGGGAGACAUCCUAUUGGGGUUGUGAUGGCUGCUAUCGAAGUUCUGGAGAAAGAAGGGAAGAGUGGCGAAGACAACAAGGGAAGGUUUAAGUUUGUGCGGUACGAGAGAAGUAGCGAGGUCACGGAGGUGGGUGACUCGAGUGUUAGCUAUGCAAGUGCUUACGCUACUCUCUGAGUGUUGAUCUAUAGACCAAUAUCCUGUU